AUUUCAAAGGCGGGGUCAUCGCUGCCCGCGCUCGGAGGCCUUGCCCCUGCUGGCGGGGCUUCUUUGAAUACCUCGCUGUCAAACAGCCUCGGGAGCUGCCCAAGACUGAGGGGUCCCAGGAUCGCCUGUAUCUGGAGAGGACACCAAUCCAGCACACCACUGCCUGAUAGAUCCGGAACUGGGCAGGGACGGGGAGGAAAAGUCUGGAUUGAAAGCUCCCGGAAUAUUUUGCGGCUAGAGGGUCCGACUCAUUUAAGGGCACCAUAGUACAAGUUCGUUUUUGCACUGCACUGGGACCUUCCCCAGGGUUUUGAUUUGCCAACCUUUCCGAUAAUCACUACUUUUGCAUCGUUUGUUUAGGCUCCAUGGACUCUGAAUUUGCAUUCACGGGGUAUGUUCAAAGUUAAAAUUGUCCAAAGCACAGCUCAAGUUUGUAUCGGAUGGGAACUGAGACCACCGUGCAUGGCUUAGGAGAGGGAAAGGUGAUGGACAAGUAAAGUGGAAGUAGUGUGGAGGGGGCACCGCCCAUGCUGCCCUGCUUCCAGCUGUUGCGUAUAGGGGGCGGUAAGGGCGGAGAUCUCUACACUUUCCAUGCCCCAAACGGAGCCGGCUGCACCUACCGCUUGGGCUGCAGGGUUGACCUGUGUGAUGUGGCCCUGCUGCCCCAACGGGAGCCUGGUGCCAUCUCAGGAAUCCACGCAGAGCUACACGCCGAGCGCAGGGGUGAUGACUGGAAGGUCAGCCUGGAGGAUCUUAGCAGCCAAGGAACUUUAGUCAAUAAUGUCCGACUCCCAAGGGGUCACAAACUGGAGCUGAGUGAUGGUGACCUUCUAACCUUUGGCCCUGAAGUCCCCCCAGGAAGCAGUCCCUCUGAGUUCUACUUCAUGUUUCAGCAAGUCAAGCCUCAAGAUUUUGCUGCCAUCACCAUCCCUCGGUCUAGGGGAGAAGAGGGAAUCAAGGCUGGUUUCCAGCCCAUGUUGCCCCCCCAGGGGGCUCCACAACGCCCCCUUAGCACCCUAUCCCCUGCUCCAAAAGCCACACUUAUCCUCAACUCCAUUGGCAGCCUCAGUAAGCUGCAGCCUCAGCCCCUCACCUUCUCUCGAGGUGGGAGUGGAUCACAGAGACAGCCUGUCCCCACUCCCCCUGGGGAUGUGGAGAGCACCCCUUCUGCCCCGCCCCCAAGGAGUCGGAGGAAAUCAGUUCACCGAGUGUUGCCAGAACUAGAUGAUGAGAAAGAGGUUUCAGAAAACCCCUUCCUUGUCCUUGCAGAACCCAGAAAGAGACCCCGUGUAGAGAAAGCCCCACUAACACCCAGUGGAAACUGACGUGGCAGUCCUUGGAAGCACCCAGUGAGCACCCCAAUGGCUCUCCCUGAAGUUGGAGUUGGGGAGCCCUGUACAGCCCCUUGUUGCUACCUACCAGAGGAGACAGUGGCCUGGGUUCAGUGUGAUGGUUGUGAUGUCUGGUUCCACGUACCCUGUGUUGGUUGCAGUGUGCAAGCUGUCAGGGAAGCCAACUUCCAGUGCCCAGGGUGUCAUGUUGACAUUCACACCUAAAGCUCUAGUGCCAAGGCACUAGAAGACAAAGCUAGAACCGCCAGACCCUGAAGUGCCAGUGGGUCUUGAUACCCCCCUUCUUCCUUUGACACCAUCAGGAGGGAAUGACUGCAGGCAAAGGUCUUGCUAUGGAGAUGACCAGGGUGAUGGAAGAGAUAAUUUCCCGCCAAAGAUAAUGUUGCUGCCAAGAAGUUGCCAGUGAACUGGAAAUUACCAGUUACCAAGUUAUUUUGGACACUGUAAUCUGUGAGCAGAGCACCCAUCAGUGUAGACUAUGCUUGACAAAAGAUUUUAAGUCCCAGCAACCCAGGAGGUAGUACAAUGAAUAGAGAGCACUUGUAAACUUGAGGCCUCCAGUAUUACAUGUGCCAGUUAAUGCUCUAGCUUUCAUUAAUAAAUCCUUUUGAAAAAAUGUUAAGACCAGGAUAAAACAAGCCCUCAAUGUUGAAAUUGUCACGUAUGGCUUUUUUUUUUUUUUUUUUUUUUUUUUUUUUUUUUUUAAGAUUUAGGUCACAGAACUUCCUUACUUGGUGGGUAGUCCUGUUGACAAUAACUGUAACCUGGUUUCUCAGAGCUUUGCUUACUUAUAUCCAAAUAAAUGAGAUUUUAUUUACCCUAAGUA